AUGUCUUCUCAAAACGUUGUAUUCAUCAGUGGUGCUACGGGAUUCAUUGCCCAACACAUUGUAAAAUUUUUAAUUGAAGCUGGCUACAAAACCAUUGGAUCUGUCAGAUCGGAAGAAAAAGGUGAACACUUGAAGUCGUUGCUCAAGUCAGCUGGAUUAAAAUCUGAAUUGUUCAACUAUGUUGUUGUCAAAGAUAUUGGGGCCAAAGGUGCAUUUGACGAGGCUUUAAAAGCACAUCCAGAUGUUACUGUCUUUUUGCACACUGCAUCUCCAUUCACAUUCGAAGUUCACAAUGUUGAAAACGAUUUGUUGAAACCAGCUAUUGAAGGUACCAUUAACGCUCUCAAUGCUAUCAAGGAAUACGGUAAGAACGUGCAAAGAGUAGUUGUCACUUCUUCCUAUGCUGCAGUCGCAGGCUUUGCUGACUUGGCCACUCCAGGUAAAGAGGCCAACGAAGAUUCAUGGAAUCCCAUCACAUAUGAACAAGCUUUGCAAAAUCCAUUUGUUGGGUACAUUGGAUCAAAGAAGAUCGCUGAAAAGACUGUGUGGAAGUUUGUUGAAGAAAACAAACCUAAAUGGGAAAUUAGUAUUAUUAACCCAGUGUAUGUCUUUGGACCACAAGCAUUCGAAGUCAAGGACAAGUCUAAAUUGAAUACAUCAAACGAAGUCAUCAACAGCAUUUUGACUGCUGGUAAAAAUAAGGAAGAGCCACAGCAAUAUGUUGCAUACUUUAUCGAUGUCAGAGACGUUGCAAAAGCCCAUAUUGUUGCUUUUGAAAAGAAGGAGGCUGCUGGUCAAAGAUUGCUCUUGAGUGAAGCACCAUUCACCACAGCAGAAAUUUUGGAUGUUAUCGAAAAGGACUUUCCUAAAUUGAAGCCCGAAUUACCAACAUUGGAUAAAUCAAAGGCUCCAAAAUUCGAGGACUCUGAAAGUAUCAUCAACAAUGAAAAGACGAGAAAGAUUUUGGGGUUCAAGUUCAUCGACUUGAAGAAGUCAGUAGAUGACACAAUUGCCCAAUUGCAAUAG